UUUUCUCCUUCUUCCCUCUGAACCAUAUCCCGCUCUACCCCAGACGGGAUCUUCGCUGGUUCCUCCCCCCGGUUACUGUCUGUCGGGUUGUUUUUCUUUGCCUCUUGACUAUCUUCUAUACUCCCUUUAUAUAUACCUCUGAUUGACGUCGUAUAUCUAUCGGGUACCCGCCUAGUGAGAAAAAGAGGAUCGUUCUUUGUUGUUUUCGUCCCAACUUCUGCAGUUUUCCGACCUUCACACGUCUACCAGCUGGUCGGUUUCACGCUAGGAAACGGGGAAAGACAUAUUUCUUCAGAGCUUCAGAAGAACUGGUAGAGACGUGUCUCGAUCAGCUCAUUGAUUCUGUUAUCGUUGGACUAAUCAAUUGUCUGAUAUUACCAAUCCCAUCAAAAUGGCGACGCGAAUGCCCCUCAUGCCUCCGGAGAACGAGACGGAGGCCCAUUUCAGCCGGAUUACCCGUGAGGGCAAGAGGAUAUCAUACAAGCUCAGUGUUAUGCAGCAACCUGAGCGUGCCAGAGCCUGCGGUGCGGGUGCCAAAUCGUCUGCCGACCGUCGACCAGUUGAUCCUCCGCCCGUGGUUGAACUGCGCAUCUUCGAAUCCGACCCUAACAACGACCUGCACAAGACUGAUAUCACCUUUGCCUACAAUGCCAGUUUCUUCCUGUACGCGACAUUGCAAACGGCACGCCCCAUUGCGAAUGGACGAGUCGCUGGUACUCCGAGCACUCCCGUGUUGACCGGUGUGCCCGUCGCAGGAAUCGCCUAUUUGGACCGUCCAUCGCAGGCUGGAUACUUCAUCUUUCCCGACCUGUCGGUCCGUCAUGAGGGUCAAUACCGCUUGACCUUCCACCUGUACGAGGAGACCAAGGACCCCAAGGACGCCGAUAGAGAUCCCCCGAUGCCGGACACCACCGUUCAACCGCUUAAACCGGGCGCCAGCACUCCUGACGCGUUCAACUUCCGUCUUUUGGUCAACUCCGUCCCCUUCACCGUCUACAGCGCCAAGAAGUUCCCGGGUCUGGCCACCAGUACUUCCCUGAGUCGGAUCAUCGCUGAACAAGGCUGCCGUGUUCGCAUUCGCCGUGAUGUCCGUAUGAGACGCCGCGGCGACAAGCGCAACGACGACUACGACGAGUAUGCUGCAGCUCCUCGCCAAGCAGACAACCGGUACUCCACGCCAGAUGCCUAUGCCGCAGCUGCUGCUGCCGCCGCCGCAGCUGCUGCCACUCCCAUCGAACGCCCACGAUCUGCCAGCACCAGCACGAUUGAACCCGCUUUCCCCUACGCUCCUGAUGCGCAGCGUCGAUCUUCAGCAUCUGAUUACGGAUACCCGUGUGCGCAGCCCUACCAGAGAGCCAUUCCUGCCGCGCCUCCAGCUGCUCCCGCUCCGGUCCCUGCGCCGCAGGCAUCUCCGUAUACCUCGCACCUUUCAUUUGGCUCUGCUCAGCCUCAGUACCACGCUCCUCAGCUCCCACCCACUCCCCAAGCGACCGCACCGGUCAACCCGUACUCGCCUCAUCUGUCAUACUCCCACACCAGAAAUCCGUCGACCGAAUACGAACCCACAGGGUAUCCAUACCCUCAACCGCGGCCACACACUGAGCGGACCUCCAGCUACCCCACACCUCUGCCGCCUCUCCGUCUUGAGCCGCCAAAGGGCUUCAUGCAACCAGCGGGUGAAUUCCGCUCCUCAGAUCCCAACGCCUAUCACCAAUCUCAGACCCAGCCUCCAGCGCCACGGUCUCAAACGCCCUCAACAGGUCUGGUACCUUCCCUUCCGCCUCUCUCGUCCCUGUCCGGCGGCAGUGAAUACGUCCACAAUAUGCCCAGCAGCAUGGUUCCACACCCGAGCCACGAGAUGACUCCGGGCAAGCGGUUCCUCUACGAUGUUCCUGGACCGAAGUUGAGCAAACGGUCGCAUGAGGAUUCAUUUGGGUUCGAUGAGCGCCCGAUGCAAAACGGCAUGCGACCAGAUACAGAAUUGUAUCCGAGCAUGGAACGGAAGCUUUCUGAGUCCAGUCGGGCCUACUUUUGUGGUGAAACCCGCGAUGAGAUGGCAUAUAAGCGAGCCAACGGCCGCAUGGCCAUGAAGAUUCCGCCGGCUUAUUCUAGUUAAUUCUUCUUAAUUUUCUUUCUAUAUAUUCGGACGGCGUCCUGGGCGGUUUUUCUUUUGUGGAUGGGUUUUGCGCAUUAUAUCCCCUGAUCUGCAGAUUGGAGAAUUUUCAUGGGACGGAAUUGAUGUUUAUACCACUUUGCUUUGUCGUUCCU